CCCUUCACCCGCCGCCGCACUCUCCACCUAAUCCCCUCUCGGGAUCCUCCCAGAUCUGAUCCAGCCAACCAGCCCCAGCCUCUUCUUCCCCUCGAUCCACCAAUCCAGCCUCGUCUCGCCUCCUGCGUCUGCUGCGCAUCAAACCAGAGGAGCCCGAGGCAUCCCGCAGCCGCCGUCUCCUGUCCGAUGCGUUUUCUUCCUCCCUGGCCCGCUCGAACCCAAAGGAGAGGAGCUCCUCGAGUCCCUCGUCGCCGGCCGGUCUCGUCGGAGUACACCUGCAGCAGGACCGGCGCCCCUGCCUCUUCCUUCCUCGUCCUUCUCUCCUCUCUCUCUCACUGCGUGCUCUCUCUCUCUACCAUGUCGCUGCAGGAACCAUACAACGCCGCGCGCCAUGGCCGCCGCUUGUUCAUCGCCCCGCUGCCGGAUCGAGCAGGAGCUCGCGCUCAAGUACCCCAAAGCCUCCGACCAGGAGCUCCUCCCAUGGAGCAGCCGCACCAACCUCGCGGAGGCCUCAACCUCCUCGCUCAUCGCCUCCCCAACAGCGUCGCCCAUGGCCUCGUCUUCAGUGGAGACGAGCCUCCCCGUGCUCCUACACCUUGCAUCCUCGGGCGCUCGCGCCUACCGCCGGUCGGCCACGGCCAGGGCCCUGUCGUUCCUCCCCGCCUCAGAGCUCCCUUGCGCCGCCGGAUCCGAGACCCCCUCACCCGGUCCUGCCCGUUCCCGGCGCUCGCGUCGUCGUCAGCCACCGUCACCGGAGUUCCUUGUCGUCUCUUGCGCCGACCUGCAAGUCCCACGCCGCCGCUGCUCUGCUUCUGCUUCUGCUUCCUGUCAAGAAGAGGGUGUGCCUCCUCUAUGGAAAGAUUGUGGUCCAUCUAGGAGUCAACCCAAGCGGCCCCGUGAUGAUGGCGACGAAGGUGUUGGUGCUGACUCUGGUGGGGACGCGGAUGUUGUCCCAAAGUCUCCAAAAGUUGCUGGUAAAUAUGGGAUCUCGAUCAGACACAACCAGCCUAGGCAUCCCAUGAAGCUUGUAAACAUUAUCUAUGAAAACCUCUGCCACUUUCUGAGCAUUGAAGGGAUGCUUGAGAGGGAUGAAGUGACCAUAUUUAGAGAACUUGUCGAGAACAACCAAGAUACAGUCAUAAUGAGGAAGGAGGAAGACCAGAUAUAA